AUGCAGCCUCUUUACUCAGCUUCAAAGUGUAUUCCGUGGCUUGUGGUCCUCAUCAUCGAAUGUCUGGCCAUAGUCAUCCUUAAUAUCAUCACCAUUGUUGUUUUUGUGAAGAAGAAGCGUCAGCUACAGCGGCGGAGUACAUAUUUGAUCAUCCAUCUGGCGAUAGUCGAUCUCUUAGUGGGCGCAGUCUCUGGGCCGCUGCAGAUUGAAAUAGGAAUGUCGCAGCUCUGUCCUUUAUGGAAUUACAGACGAAAGACUGUUUGGUCUCAUCGUUUAUCUUUUGCAUUUGUACAUUUAUUCUCGUUCACUUCCCUUACAAAUCUUAUUGCUAUUUCCUUAGAACGGCUACACGCAACAUUUUGUCCAUUCAGGCAUCGCUUUGUGAGGAAAUGGGUUUAUAGAGCCAUAAUUAUUGUCAUUUGGUUAAUACCUAUUGUUAGAGAAGCCGCUCAAAUUUUCUUUUUGGAAAUUUUUGAUGUAGUGGUAAUUGAUACUUACUUGUAUUUCCUAUUUUAUGCAGUUUCUCUAUUUGUUAUCUGUGUAUCUUACAUCCUUAUUAUUAUCAAAGUACGAUGUAGUCAUCCUCAAUUCUAUUCUAGAUCAAAAAGAGAAAGAAAACUGACGGGUACUGCGCUUAUCGUCACACUUGUAUCGCUACUCUGUCUUCUAUCAGUGAUGAUGUAUGGAGUAUGUCUUCACUUUUCCUCCACUUGUUUAAGGAAUGUUCAUAUGGAUAUGGGUGUGGUAGUUCUAUUUUUAGCUAACUCACUUGUAAAUCCUAUAAUUUACGCUGUUCGGAUGCCAGGAUUCAGAGAAGGUUUAUUUCAAAUAGUUUACAGGGUCCCAGACCUUUCUCGUAUCGCCCCAGCGAACCUGCCACUUCGUAACCUUAGAAGAGCGUAG